AUGGCGGGAAAUCCAUUUAUGCUGCCGGUUGGGUAUCGCUUCUGUCCCACAGAGGAAGAACUUGUUUGCUUUUAUCUUCAAGAGAAGCUUCACAAAACGCUGCCCGUUAUUGUAGACGCAUUUAUAAAAACCCUUGAUGACCUUUAUAGCGAUGAGCCUUGGAAUAUUUUCUGCAACGAGACGCCGGUAAAUGGUUACUUCUAUGUUUUCACCAAGUUGAAGUCAAGGAGCGCAAAGAGAAGUAUGAGAACAACUCCUUCCGGAACCUGGACAGCCCGGAGUUCUAAGGACAUCCCUUGCCGUAAUAUUACGUAUGUGAAGAAAGAUUUUGUCUUUAAAGCAAAGGGUAAAGAAGCUUCUUCCUCGAAUGGCCACUGGACUAUGUUGGAGUUCUCAUUAAAAGAUGAACGGUUUAAGGGAGAUUAUGUCAUUUGUAAAAUCAAACGUGCAGAAAAUUCUGAACAAGGAACGGCGGCAACUGUUCCUUUUCUUGAUGGGAAGAAGAGAAAAUCUCCUGCUGAGAAAGAAGAAGAGAACGACAACUCAAAGAAGAUGCGACAUAACAAUCUGAGUUCUGUAAACCCUAACUCUAGCUGCCAUUCUUCAGAUCUUGUUUUGGCUGAUUACAAGAGCAUUUAUUCCAAUCAAAUUACAGAGGGAGAAGUUGCAUUGACCGAUACAGAUAUUGUGUUUUUAGAUGCAGUUUCUCCUCCAACAAAUCUUGUAGAGAAAUCUCCAAUCUUGGUUGAUGCAGAUAUUGGAGUUUAUGAUCAUUUAUUGGAUGAACUGCUAGAACGAUGGUGUUAG